AUGCCCGCCCACGUCCCACCGCGCCGCCCGCGUCUGCGGACGCCACCGCUGCUGCUGCUGCUGUUGGCCCUGGGCGGCCUCCGCCUGCGCGCCGAGCCCGGCGACGGCGCGCAGACCUGGGCCCGCUUCGCGCGCCCUCCGGCCCCGGGUGCCGCGGGGCUCUUCCACGACACCUUCCCCGACGGCUUCCACUGGGCCGUGGGCAGCGCCGCCUACCAGACGGAGGGCGGCUGGCGGCAGCACGGCAAGGGUGCGUCCAUCUGGGACACGUUCACCCACCGCCCUCCGGCGCCUCCAGGCGACGCCCCGGUAGCCGGCCUGCCGUCGGGCGCCCCGUCGCUGUCCCCGCCCGCCACCGGGGACGUGGCCAGCGACGGCUACAACAAUGUCUUCCGCGACACGGAGGGGCUGCGGGAGCUCGGGGUCACCCACUACCGCUUCUCCAUCUCGUGGGCGCGGGUGUUCCCCAAUGGCAGCGCCGGCGCCCCCAACCGGGAGGGGCUGCGCUACUACCGGCGUCUGCUGGAGCGGCUGCGGGAGCUGGGCGUGCAGCCCGUGGUCACCCUGUACCACUGGGACCUGCCCCAGCGCCUGCAGGACGCCUAUGGCGGCUGGGCCAACCGCGCCCUAGCGGACCACUUCAGGGAUUACGCCGAGCUCUGCUUCCGCCACUUCGGCGGCCAGGUCAAGUACUGGAUCACCAUCGACAAUCCCUACGUGGUGGCCUGGCACGGCUACGCCACCGGGCGCCUGGCCCCCGGCGUCCAGGGCAGCCCGCGGCUCGGGUACCUGGUGGCGCACAACCUCCUUCUGGCUCACGCCAAGAUCUGGCAUCUCUACAAUACUUCUUUCCGCCCCACUCAGGGAGGCCAGGUGUCCAUUGCCCUGAGCUCCCACUGGAUCAGUCCUCGAAGGAUGACUGAACAUAGCAUCAAAGAAUGUCAGAAAUCUCUUGACUUUGUCCUAGGCUGGUUUGCCAAACCCGUAUUUAUUGAUGGGGACUAUCCUGAGAGCAUGAAGAAUAACCUUUCAUCUCUUCUGCCUGAUUUUACUGAAUCUGAGAAAAAGUUCAUCAAGGGAACAGCCGACUUUUUUGCUCUUUCCUUUGGACCAACCUUGAGUUUUCAACUGUUGGACCCUCAGAUGAAGUUCCGUCAGUUGGAAUCUCCCAGCCUGAGGCAACUCCUUUCCUGGAUUGACCUUGAGUAUAACCACCCUCAAAUAUUUAUUGUGGAAAAUGGCUGGUUCGUUUCAGGGACCACCAAGAGAGAUGAUGCCAAAUAUAUGUAUUACCUCAAAAAAUUCAUAAUGGAAACCUUAAAAGCCAUCAGGCUGGACGGGGUGGAUGUCAUCGGGUACACCGCGUGGUCCCUCAUGGAUGGCUUCGAGUGGCACAGAGGCUACAGCAUCAGACGUGGACUCUUCUACGUCGACUUUCUAAGCCAGGAUAAGAAGUUGUUGCCGAAGUCUUCAGCCUUGUUCUACCAGAAGCUGAUAGAGAAAAAUGGCUUCCCUCCUUUACCUGAAAAUCAACCCCUAGAAGGGACAUUUCCCUGUGACUUUGCUUGGGGAAUUGUUGACAACUACAUUCAAGUGGACACCACUCUGUCUCAGUUUACCGACCCCAACGUUUACCUGUGGGAUGUCCACCACAGUAAAAGGCUUAUUAAGGUGGACGGGGUUGUGACCAAGAAGAGGAAAUCCUACUGCGUUGACUUCGCCGCCAUCCGGCCCCAGAUCGCCUUACUCCGGGAAAUGCACGUGUCGCAUUUCCACUUUUCCCUGGACUGGGCGCUGAUCCUGCCGCUGGGGAACCAGUCCCAGGUCAACCGCACGGUCCUGCGCUACUAUCGCUGCAUGGCCAGUGAGCUCGUGCGCGCCAACAUCACGCCGGUGGUGGCCCUGUGGCGCCCCGCGGCCCCGCACCAGGGGCUGCCGCCACCCCUGGCCCGGCACGGCGCCUGGGAGAACCCUCAUACCGCCCUGGCUUUUGCAGAGUACGCCAGCCUGUGCUUUCGAGACCUCGGCCACCACAUCAAGUUCUGGAUCACGAUGAACGAGCCGUCCACGCGGAACAUGACGUAUAUCGCGGGGCACCACCUCCUGAAGGCCCACGCGUUGGCCUGGCGCGUGUACGAUGAGAAGUUUAGGCGCUCUCAGAAGGGUAGAAUAUCCAUAGCCCUGCAGGCGGAUUGGAUAGAACCGGCCUGCCCUCUCUCCCCAAAAGACCAAGAAGUGGCCGAGCGGGUUUUGCAAUUUGACAUUGGCUGGCUGGCCGAGCCCAUUUUCGGCUCCGGGGAUUAUCCACGCGUGAUGAGGGACUGGCUGAACCAGAGGAACAAUUUCCUCCUGCCUUAUUUCACUGACGAGGAAAAAAAGCUAAUCCGGGGUUCCUUUGACUUUUUGGCUUUAAGCCAUUACACCACCAUCCUUGUAGACUGGGAAAAAGAAGAUCCAGUAAAAUAUAAUGAUUACCUGGCGGUGCAAGAAAUGACUGACAUCACCUGGCUCAACUCCCCCAGUCAGGUGGCCGUGGUGCCCUGGGGGUUACGCAAGGUACUGAAUUGGCUGAAGUCCAAGUACGGAGACCUCCCCAUGUAUAUAAUCUCCAACGGCAUCGACGAUGAUCCGCACGCAGCUGAAGACAAUCUGAGGGUGUAUUACAUGAAGAAUUACAUAAACGAAGCUCUGAAAGCCUAUGUAUUGGAUGGUAUCAAUCUUUGUGGAUACUUUGCUUAUUCAUUUAAUGAUCACACAGCUCCGAAGUUUGGCCUGUAUCGUUAUGCUGCAAAUCAGUUUGAGCCCAAACCAUCCAUGAAACAUUACAGGAAAAUUAUUGACAACAAUGGCUUCCCAGGUCCCAAAACCCUGGGAAGAUUUUGUCCAGAAGAAUUCACCCUGUGUACAGAGUGCAGCUUUUUUCAUACCCGAAAGUCUUUACUGGCUUUCAUAGCUUUUCUAUUUUUUGCUUUUAUUAUUUCUCUUUCUCUUAUUUUUUACUACUCUAAGAGAGGCAGAAGAAGUUACAAAUAG